AUGUUGGCAAAUAAUUCAUUGGAUGGACCAAAUUAUGCGCAGGUUUGUGUUUUUUGGGGAAAAAUUAUGCGGUCGGCGGACAACCGAAUUUGAAUUUCAAUUUUAUGCCAAUAAGAAGAAGAAGGAGGCAACCAGACUAUAUUUAUUCAUUUAUGUAUUUAUUCAACAACUUUUUUUGUGACUGCCUCUUUUAGAACCGUGGAAAAAUUUUGGUUCCACAAUCCCUUAGGCAGCAUUUUUGCGAAUCUCACUUCACUUUUAAUAUUGUUUCUAAAAAUCUUUAUUUUUUAAAAUUUUCAUUCUUUAAAGGGGUUGUGGGGAACUUGUGCUAAAUCGGUAGGAAUAAAGUAAUCUCAGCUUUCCAAAUAAUUCUAAAGAAGGUUUUUCAAAAAGAUUUUGAACAUAGCACAUAGACAAUCAAGUAACUCGGAAUUCAAGCCCUGACAGUUAUUUAGCUCUAUCCAAUAAGCUCAUUUGUAGUUGGUUGAAAAUAGUGAAACAGACUUCCUUUAGAAUAAAUCACUAACUCUUCAUGUAAUAACAAAAAUAUCACACGACAGGUUACUGUAGAAUGAUCUUUUCAAUUAGUUAGUCAUCAUUGUUCUAUCGCGUCACACACUACAAAAUUAUUUAAUCGGAUUCAUUUUUCUCCCGGAGGAAAAAAUAUAUGUUGAAAUAAAUAUACCAAACACAUUUCAGGUGAUAAAACCGACAUGUGAAGCAUUUCAAGAAUGGACACCUGCUCCGAUGUAUCAUCAACAACAUCUUCAAUUCGUUUUACCGCCUCAUGAUUGGACAUAUCCACACCUUCAACCGACUCUUAAUUCAAAUCCAAAUCCGAUUCAAAAUCUUGCACAACAACCGAAUAAUGAUCAAAAAGUUGGAUGUUCUUCUUUGAUUGAUUAUAGUAGGAAAUUAGAAGAGGUUAGUUUAUGGAGAAAAAUUUUUGUUAGGAUAACUGUAUUGAAAAUCUACGUUUUCUAACAUUUUUAGAAAUAUCAAAAUUGAUAUACGGUAAAAUUAAUAGAUGAAAAAUAGAAUCUAAAAUUCAUUCGUUCCAGAAGCCUUCAUGAGUUGAGCUAAAUUAAAAACUUAGAGAGUUUACUAUAAUUUUACACUAUGAAUUCAAUUUGAUUCUAGGCCUAACUUUUGGCCCAAAUCUAACUCAUUAGAUGUAUAGAAAAAAAUUAACCCAAAAACAGUGUUUGAAAAACCAACCCAAAAAGUCUGCCUGCACCUACGCUUAGGUCUGAAUUCAAAAAAUCGAUAAAACCAAAAACCCACAUUAGGUUAAAUUGGCCUCGUGCUAAAUCUCUAUCUUUUGAAACUACCGUACCCUCCCCCUUCACAAAACCCUUCCACUUUUUAAUUUCAAAAAUGUUUGCAGUCUGAAAUCGAGCGACCUGAAAUAAUUCAAAGAAUCGCUCAUCCAUGGACAUAUCCAUUUUCAUGCGAAGAGAAUCAAGCACCAAGUCAGCCAUCGCUUUCCGAAAUGUCAGAUGAUGGCGAUCAAACAUGUGCUGAUGAUUUAGAAGGUUUCGCAAAACAAUUUAAGCAACGGCGAAUUAAGUUAGGGUAAGUUAAAUACAGAAGAGAACAUUGAAACAAAUAAUGAUAAUGACCUUGUAGAUAUACCCAAGCGGAUGUUGGUUUGGCUCUCGGCACUCUUUAUGGUAAUGUAUUUUCCCAGACAACAAUUUGUAGAUUUGAAGCGCUUCAACUCUCGUUCAAGGUUUGUUUGCUUGCUUGUUUUAAUUUUCAAAUUAUAUUUAUCUAUAUUUAUUUAUAAAGUGUAAACUUCAAAAACAUUUCACCGCUAUUUUUAUUUUAGAAAAAACAUCAUGCUCUUCAAAAAUCAUAUUUAUUUCCAGAACAUGUGUAAAUUGAAGCCUUUACUUUUCAAAUGGUUAGAAGAAGCUGAUUCGACAUCGAGUUCGCCUAAUUCGACAUUCGAAAAAAUGACUGGACAAGGUGGAAGAAAACGGAAGAAGAGAACUAGUAUUGAAGUGAAUGUGAAAUCGAGAUUAGAAUAUCAUUUUCAAUCGAAUCAAAAACCGAAUGCUCAAGAAAUCACGCAAGUUGCUAUGGAAUUGCAAUUGGAGAAAGAGGUGUGUUUUUUGAAGUCAACCAAAGCGAGUGGAAACCACGUAACUGGAGCAUCGUUUCUAUUUUUCAUAGACUAGGGUUACUGUAGGAUUGCAGAGAAAUUGUGAAAUUUUUCUAGAUGAAGAAAGUGUAGCUUGAAAAAGAUCUCUAGUCUAGAAAUCCACAGUAACCCAAAUUAACUUUAGAAUGAGACACUAUUUCUUAUCUUUCAAAACUACAGUGUAUUUCCUCUAUAUGUUUUUACAAAGAGCCAUAUCCGAGGUUUCUGCAUUACAAAUUUUCUAUAAAAUUUUCUCACCAAAUUUCGCUUCUCAUUCUCCUUUUUGUUUUUCAGGUAGUCCGUGUUUGGUUUUGCAAUCGACGCCAAAAAGAAAAAAGAAUGACACCACAAUUCGACGGCGGUCCACCACAACAACAAAUGCAAUUGCCAAAUGGCGGAUACGCGAUGCCAGCCGAACUUUUUCCAUAUCAGGCAGCCGUAGGAUUAUACAGUACACCUUCUUAA